AUGAGCGAAGAUUAUCUAGACCAGAUCCUGCUUUUUUCCAAUCCCAGAGCCUCACAACAAGUUGCUGCUUUACAGGGUCAUGCUUCACAGGUUCAUAACUAUGCAUUGAAUACUUCAGAACCAGAAGUUAAUUCCCAAACGUCAUGGAAUGUGAAUAAUACAAAACUACUUUUAGAUUUGUACAAAAAAUACAAACCUAAAGUUGGAACAAGAGAAAUGAAAUCUUUUAAACGGCUUUGGGAAACUAUUUCAACUGAGGUGACUAAAACAUUAAAAAAAAUAAUAAGCCCAAGCCAAUGUGAAAAUCGUUGGAGAGUUUUGGAAAGGGCAUAUAAAAAAUAUUUAGACAACCAAAACUCGACUGGUCAAAGUAGAAAGUAUUUUGAAUAUCUAGAAGAGAUGAACGAUAUUUUCAGAGGGAGACGAAAUGUAGAUCCCCCUAUUUUACUGUCAAAUGAGCCUCCUUCAGAAGAAAUUCAAGUUUUGAAUGAAGAUAGUGAAGUUCAGGUUGAAGUAGAGAGAAAACAAGAAAAUGUUAGGGUUCCAAGACCUUCUACGACAUCAAAGAGGAAAAGAAAUCCAAUCAUAAAUAGAAAUGAAACGCUGGAGUUGAUGAGGAAAGAUAAACAUGAAUAUCAUGCAGAACGUUUGAAAAUUGAAAAAGAAAAAUUGGAAUCCCAAAAAGACAAAGUUUUAAUAUUAAGAGAACGAAACACUUUAAUUAGAGAAAAAAACAACAUUUUAAAAAAUAAAAAAUGUUGUUGCUCAAAAGAGUGAAUAUUUUAUUUAUUAGGUUGUUUUUGUGUGUUUUUAUUAUUAUUUUUAAGACGAGUCAAGUUUAUUAUGUUGUUUUUUUUUAUAUCAGAUUAAGAUUAUUUUUAUAUGUGUGUUAUUCUUUGCUGUUGGGUUGUUUUCGGGUGUUUUUAUAUUUUUAAGAAGAUUAAUU